AGAUAUGAAUAUUUUUGUCUUUACAAUAAAAAUCAUAAGAUUUGGUGGAGAGAUCAAACAAUGAAGGUGAGUGUGGAGAUAAUAACGGGAACGUUCAUAGAUACGGACGUGAGUGAGGAUGCUACGGUCAAAGAGUUGAAGGAGAAGAUAGCCGCGGAGGUGAAAUUACCGGUGACGCGUUUGAUUCUUGUGAUCGGAGAUGAAGAUAAGAGAAGGAUGGUGAUGGAGGAUCAAGAUGAAACGAGGUUAAGAGAUUUAGAAGUGAGAGAAUGGUCUCAUAUGUAUUUGUUCUUUAAGCAUCCUGAUUUGGUUUCUGAGGAAGAGAAGAGAUCUAAAGGAGGAGGAGAAGAUGAUGAUCCUACGGAGGAGGUUUCUUCGGACGCAGAGAGUAAAAGAAGCGAAGAAGAGAAAAUAAACGGCGAGGAGGAGGAUGACAAGGAGAUCAAAAGUGAAGAAGAAGAAGAAGGUAGAGAUGAGAAAGUUAAAGAUGAAGAAGAGAAGGAGGAGAAUGGAGAAAAAGCAAAUGAUGAUGGUGUUAAAGAGGAAAGAAGAGAGAGUGAAGAAGGAGAUAACAAAGAGGAAACAUAGAGUUUCUUGAUCUGAUUUUAGAUUUGUUUUAACUAUUCCAUUUUUAUUUUAUUUUGUUUUGUGACUAUCUUUGUUAUGUAUGUUCUUCGUAUACAAGCAACCAACCGGACCUUGU